AUGGCUAGUGACGCUUUAUUUACAGCCGCAGCUAGCGAUUCACAGUCAGAACAGGUGAUGGAGCUCCUGCGGAGUAUAUUGGUUGAUGGAGAAAAAACUGAUUUGGAUGAAGGCCAUAAAUCGUUUGUUCCUUCGCCGGCAUACUUCUCUGCUGCUCGCGAAUGCUGCACUGAUGACGUGGAAAAUCCAAUCAAAAUAGUUCCAAAAGGGGGACCAUCUACUGAAGAAUCGAACAAGAGGAUUAAAUCCAGGAACAAAUCGGGAAAAUCAAAGGUCACAAGGAGGAAGAAGCGAAAAGAGAAAGACUCAGAGACAGAACAAGACACAGAUUCAGAUAUAGAAGAAGAGGAAGAUUCAAAAAAGAAAAAAUUGGGGAAAUCAAAUAGCACAAGGAGGAAGAAGCAAAAAGAAGAGACAGAGUCAGAUACAGAAGAAGAGACAGAGGCAGAUACAGAAGAAGAGACAGAGGCAGAUACAGAAGAAGAGGAAGAUUCAGGUACAAAAGAAGAGGAAGAUUCAGAUGCAGAAGAAGCGGGAGAUUCAGAUGCAGAAGAAGAGGGAGAUUCAGAUGAGGAAGAAGAGGAAAAUUCAGAUGCAGAAGAUCGUGGGCUAAGGAGGGCUAGGAAGAGACCAUUGGAGGUUGCAGAAGAGGAUUACGCAAAACCAAACAAGUGGGCAUUAGCACAAUUGAAACGCAAGGGCGCUCCAAAUGUCAAUGCUGGGAGGAAGAAAAAGAACGAUGUGACAAGGGUGCGCGAGGAAAACCAUAAGGGCGGUAAAGAACAGGCCAAAGGGGUGAUGAAGACAAAAAGGCCUGCUAGGAACGUACCACAGGCUGAGCGAAUAAGAGCUGUCAAGUUAGCUUCUGUAGCUAUGAAGAGAAAAUCAGUGAAGAAAGCUGAAGUGAAGUCGAGACAGGAUGUUUAG